AUGCAAAUAACAAAUGCAUUUGAUGCUUCCCUUGUGACUCUCAACCCACAAGUGCAAGAAGCAGUUGAUUUUAAAGAAAGGAUGUUGCAAGCCGAACUUCCUCUUGCUAUUGUGGAAAACAAACCGGAUUACAAGGCUGUGAAGCAGCAAGCAGAAGAUUGGGAUGAUGUCUGUUCAAUUUCUGAGAUUUUGGUGGCUGUUGAGGCGCAGAAAUAUGACAGCGACACAUGCAAAGUAAUGUUGCUUGACUCUAUUGGAAAAAAUGUUAUUGGUAAUGAAGCUGUGGAGCUUUGGAAUGGCUCAUACGAUGAGAUUGAAGAUCCAGAAGAUCUCCCUGAACCAAUACAGAAUUUAGUUGGGAAAUCAUUUUGUUUUGGUAUUUCGAUUAGCUCAGACAAUGUCACAAACGGAGCAGGCACUUACUUGGUGGCAGAAGUAAGGGCUGGUGAAGAGAUUCAUAAAAUCGAAUCUCAAAGUGCUCCAGUUUCUCUUAUUGAGUCUGGUUCGUCAACCUUCUCUGCUGGAGAGGUUUCAAAGUUUGAUUCUAAUUCUCAGAAUUCUGCUGAAGAUGUGACCACUCCAUUCUCUAAGAGAAAGGAUAAUGAUGAUCUACCUGAUGUGACCUCGGCCUCUAAGAAGUUGUGCACGGAUACAAUCAAGCUGUAG